GUUGCCACCAGCAACAAGCAAGUCUGCUCAACUACUUUCAAUCCAUCGAAGACAAUCCCCGCCUUAAGUAAAAUUGGAAAUCUGUCUUUUGACAAAACUUCAACAUCAUCAAAUCCAGCUGCCAGUGGCUUUACAGGCAAUCUGCUUCAUUUCGGCUCAAAUCGAAGCUGUACAGUGCAUAUCGUCGGCGCGCCUAGUGUACUCUCCUUCCGACAUCAUCAGCUCACACAACAGCUGUGUGCUCAGGUUGCAUCCACGCAGGCAGCGCCGCAUGUCCUGGGCUAAGACGUGAUCAAAAACCCUCUGCGUUUCUAUCUGUGUCGCUCUCAACACCUCGUUUCCAGCUGUCGGUUAAAUUCGCGAACGAACAUGUCGGACACCGAGAGCUUGGAUUAUCUCCAGCCUGGCUUCGAGCCAACCUCGCUGACGAUGCCUCGGCUGCGGUCGAUUCUUGUCGCACACAACAUUCACUACCCGUCGACUGCCAAGAAGGCGCAACUGGUUGAAAUCUUCAAUGACAACGUUGUGCCACAGUCUAGGAAGAUUCUGGCACAACGCGCACGGGCGAAGAGGAGCAGCAAAGGUAUUACCGAUGCUGAAAGCUCGCAGAGCAGCAGUGCUUUUACCGACCACGACAACCUCCCGCCGCCAUCCACUCGUACUCGACGAUCUCAAUCGCCCAGAAAGGCGACACAGAAGUUCAGGUCGGAGGAGCCAGAGCGUCAAAUGAUGCCGCCAACCGCCAGCCCAUUGAAGCGAAAGCCGCGGGCUCCCAUUCGACAGGCGCAAGCGUCAGACACAGAUACCAAUACUGAGCCUGACCAUACAGUGUCUGCAAGGAAGGUGCGAAGGGCGAAUGAAGUCAUCUCGCAGUUAAAAGUCGAAAGCUCCGAUGAAGGCUUCUUCAGACGGACCACAGGCGCUUUCACCUCGGACAACCCAUUUCAGAGCGGUAGCUCAUCGCCCCUGCCGGAGAAGACGCCCACCAACCGGAGGAGGACAGCAGGCCACGAGAACAAUCGGCCGACGAGCAGGCCAACCAGUAGUUCGUCGCGACGGCGCACUGAUUUCCCCACCUUCUCGGGCGACGACGAGGAGAACAUGUCCAAGGCUUUCCAAGUUCCUGUCAGCAGACUGAUGCACAAUAGGACGCCCGAGCCACGCGCUGAGACUCCGGAACCCAUGGAUGAACCUGGAGAAGAAUUUACACCCGAGGAACAGCUCGAACUUGCUGCUGAGGAGGCUAUACGGGGCGAAACGACCGUGAUUACGCGCAGGCAGCCCCGUCAACCCAACGGAGCAAGCUGGAGCACUUCACUCUCGGUCAUGUUUCUCACGCUACUUAGUGUAUUUGCCGGUUGGUAUCGCCAGGAAAAGAUUGCAGUCGGUUACUGUGGCGUAGGCAAACACGUAAGCUCAAUCCCAAGUGAGAUUUCUGUUCCGGAAUGGGCACAGUCCGUCCUUCCGUCAGAGAUUAGCGUCCCGCCUUCCGUCUCGGACGCCCUGGAGCCCAAAUGUGAGCCUUGUCCUCCUCAUGCGUACUGUUACGAUGAUUUCACGGUUCGCUGUGAGCAGGAUUAUAUCUUGAAAGCGCAUCCUUUGGCUCUAGGAGGCCUGGUUCCUCUGCCUCCCACAUGCGAGCCUGAUGGAGAGAAGGUCCGCCGGGUGCAGGCCGUCGCAAACAGAGCUGUCGAAGAGCUGCGUGAACGCACUGCUAAGUUCGAGUGCGGCCAACUGGUCGACGUAAGCGGCGGAAAGGCUGCAACACCUGCUAUAGAGGAGCAGGAACUCAAAGAGAUUAUCAACCAGAAGAGAAGCAAGAAAAUGAAUAAUCAGGAAUUUGAGGAUCUGUGGGGGGCCGCCAUUGGGGAGAUUAAAGGCCGAGAGGAGGUACAGGUCGAGGUCCAGGAAGUACGAGAUUCCGGAAGCGUUCCAAACACCCUCUUCACGUCCACCUCUCUCGCUCGCAUUUCACUCACGUGUGCGGUCCGAAGAUCAAUCCGACUCGGACUGGCACGAUAUCGUCUCCAGAUUAGCGCUCUGAUCUCAAUAUUUCUUACGGCACUCUAUGGUCGCUCACGCUUCCUCGCAAACCGCGCCGCUGCUGCCCAGGUUCCGGGGCUCGUGGACCUCGUCCUGGAGAGACUGGCAAACCAGAAGCAAGUCGCAGAUGAUGAGGAUGAUCCGUGGCUGUUUCUGCCCCAUCUUAGGGAUGAUGUACUGAGGAGCAUACACUCACUCAACCAACGGGAGAAGAUUUGGAAGCGCGUCCGUGCCGUGGUCGAGCAGAAUAGCAAUGUCAGGACUGGCCAGCGUGAAGGCCGCAGUGGGGAGGUUGGGAGAGCAUGGGAGUGGAUUGGCCCUUCGACUGGUGACAGCGCGCGUAGGCGCAAGGGCGGCCGAGUGUCUUCAAACCCGGAUGUGAAGGAUGAGGAGGACUCGGAGAUGGGGGAGAAAUCUUACCUUCAUCAGAAGUGGGAGGAGUCGAGACCAAUAUACUAAGUGCCUGAAAGGGCAAGAGGCGGAACGGCGUUCAGAAUGAUCUGAAGAACUUUGGCUUCGCUUCACUACGCCGAGUCAUAGCAUACCAAACUUUCAGGUCCCGCCUCCACCUGUUCCAAUCUCGUCUUUGUUC